CACUCUCGCUACCUUUCUUCGCUCGCUCUGACGUUCUGUCCCAGGCUCCGGCCGACCCCAUACGGGCGUCGGGGCGUGCGAUUUACGCGAUUGGAAUAAAGGCAAAGUGAAGCAGCAGUUCGUCCGACUAGAUAAAUCCUUCAUCCCAUACAGCUCCGCACCUAUAAAUAGCCGCUGCAGAGUGUUCGUACUCCGCCGCAGCUUGUGGAGAGCAGUACGUGCCUAGUAGAACACGAGAGGCUCUAGGAAAAAAAAGAGAGAUCAAGAGGGGCGCGCGGGUGAGCUUGUACGUACAGAGAGAGACAUGGACGGGCCGCAAGGGAAGGAUGUGGGCAGCGACGGCAACGGGGGAGGGAGCGAGCACGACGUGGUGGCCAGGGCCUUCGUCGAGUACUACUACCACACGUUCGACACCGACCGCGCCGCGCUCGCGGCUCUGUACGGCAGCACCUCCAUGCUCUCCUUCGAGGGCCACCGGGUCGCAGGCGCCGAGGAGAUCGGCACGAAGCUGGCCCAGCUUCCGUUCGAGCAAUGCCGGCACUCCGUCGUCACGGUCGACUGCCAGCCCACCCCGUCCUUCCCCGCCGGCAUCCUCGUGUUCGUCAGCGGCAAUCUUCGCCUCGCCGGCGAGGAGCACCAGCUCAGGUUCAGCCAGAUGUUUCAGCUGGUGCCCAACGAGCACGGAAGCUUCUUCGUGCAGAAUGACAUAUUCCGGCUCAACUACGGGUAAGCACGGUAGCGUGCGCCUGCCGAAAGGGUGUGGACGGUGAUGCUUUGAUCCGGAUGGAGUAUGGACACGGCGCGCCUGCUUUUCUCUGCUUCCUUUCUUCGCUUUCCUCCUCCUCUUUGCAUAUUGCGUCCAUUUAGCGUCCUGAAUAAAGUUGGUGGUGGCGUGUUGCUGUACGUAUCCCAAAUUGAAUUUUCAGUUUUCCACUCCGUUUCUUUGACACCAUAAUCCUCCAUUCACUCCAAAAAUAUAAGACAUAUAAAUUUUGUCGGCAUUUAAUUUUUCUCUGAAGUUUAACCAAAGCUUGUAGCAAAAAUAUCAACAUCAGCGGUGAUAACUGAUAAUCCGUGGCCGAGUAGUGCUGACUCGUUUGCCUGGUUGGGAAAAAAAAUCCUAUGCGACCUGGAUCGCUACAUGGAUGCGGUGGACCCAAUGGGGAGCAGUCCGAUGAAUUGGGGAUGCGUGUGCAACAACACGCAUGAUGAAACCUUCAAGUUAAUUUUUUUUUGCCUGGUUGUGCACGUGUCUCCUGAUCGAUUGGGUCCAUGGAGCGACCCAGGUCGCAUAGGAAUUUUUUUCCGCAUGGUCGUGGCUUCUUUGUUGUGUUGUAAUCCGUCGUUGUAAGCUGGUAACCCCGGCAUGACUUCUAUUUGGCCGGUUGGCUUUAUCUAUAAAGCCAAUCAUUGAGUGCCUUCGUUCUAAAAAGAAACUGAUAAUGAGGAUCAAUGAA